GGGGAAGAUGCCUGCAAGGGCCACUUUUUAGCGGUGGGGACGGCAUUUCUCCGAACCCCAGUUUCUUCCUCUGCAGCAAGAGGAUAAUGACACACCGCAGGAAGGUAAAGGUGCAUCCUACACCCCUUUGGUCCUCCCCAUCAUCCAGGCUGGGCUGAGGAGUUUGUUCUCUGCCCCUGGAGAUCAGGACAGAAAGUCACAGACAAACUGACUAAUGUCUCAUUCUUAGGCUCAGCCUUGGGGACUGGAGAUGCCUUUGUGACCUCUGCUGAGCUCCAUAGUCUGUCUUUCCCUCAAGGGAGCACCCACUGGCCCUGAAGACUAGGAAACUAGGGUCAUCAGGGACUGACUGGGUCAUGGCCCUGGGCCAGCAACCACUUCCAGUGCCCCCCAAGUGAGCAGCCAGCUAUGGCGACCAGUGGUGCCCGAACCUUUGUUUGGCAUGUGUUCCCGUCCAUGCCCACCUGUCGGGUGUACUGCACACCUGCAUACCAGGAUGGGCACCUUUUUGUGCUGGGUGGGUGCAGCCGGGCAGGACUGCCUUUGGGCACAGCAGAGUUGCUGGAUGUAGCUUCCCAUAAGUGGCUUUCACUGCCCCCACUGCCCACACCUCGAGCUGGUGCAGCUGCCAUAGCCCUAGGCAAGCAGGUGUUGGUGAUUGGGGGCAUGGAUGCUGGGCAGAGCCCCCUGGCUUCUGUGGAGGCUUACCACACGGAUGAAGGCCGCUGGGAGCUUCGAGCUGCCCUGACACAGCCAGCCAUGGGCAUCUCAGCCUUGGAGAGGGAUGGUGUGGUAUAUGCUCUAGGUGGGAUGGGUUCAGACACAGCCCCACAAGCACUGGUGAGGAUGUACGAAACUUCCAGGGACCGAUGGCUCUCCUUGCCCUCCAUGCCCACACCUUGCUAUGGGGCCUCCACAUUCCUUCAGGGGAAUAAGAUCUUUGUUCUGGGGGGCCGCCAAGGGAAGUUGCCUGUAACUGCCUUUGAGGUGUUUGAUGUUGAGAUGCAGAACUGGACCCGGUAUCCGAGUGUGCCCAGCCGGCGGGCCUUUGCUAGCUGUGCCAUGGCAGAGGGCAGCUUCUUUAGCCUGGGAGGCCUGCAGCAGCCUGGACCUCACAACUUCUAUUCCCGCCCACACUUUGUCAACACUGUGGAAAUGUUUGACUCUGAGCAGGGUGCCUGGACAAAGCUUCCACGUUCUCUUCGAAUGAGAGAAAAAAGGGCAGACUUUGUGACUGGUUACCUUGGGGGCCGAGUCAUGGCAGUGGGAGGCCUUGGCAACCAGCCGUGUCCCCUGGGCUCCGUAGAAGGCUUCAGCCUGGCAAAGAGAAAAUGGGAGGUACUGCCCUCGAUGCCGACAGCUCGAUGCUCCUGUUCCAGUCUCCAGGCCGGGCAGCAGCUUUUUGUCAUUGGUGGAGUGGCCCAGGGCCCCAGCGGAGCUGUGGAGGCCUUGUGCCUACGAGAUGGGGUCUGAAGACCGGCACAACCCACCUGAUCAGAUCUGCCCACCAAAGACCACAAUGGUGGUUUCUGCAGAGAUUGGGUGGUAGGGGUGGGGAGGAGAGUUUACUGCCCCCCUUGGCUCAGUGAUGCUAUUUUCCUGUCCAUGUUUAGAACCAGCUUUGGCUUUCUGAGGUAGGGAGUAGCGCAGGGACACAGAGCAGCCCCUCAGCAAGAGCUGAACCUGGGACAUACAACAGUAGCCAGAGGGUUGGCCCCAGUGGUGAGAGUGGCCCACUACCACCCUAAGAGUGUAGGGUGGGCGGGGGAGGAGGUGAGAGAAAGUCAAGCUGGCUACCUAGGGACUGAGCUCUCUUUGGCAUUAGCACAUCUUCAGCACCAGGGCUCUAGGGCUCCAACUUUUCUGGGAGUGGGAGGCCACCAGUUUCCUCCACAUCCCUAUACUCCCUUUGCCCUUCCCCAGUGUGGUCCUAACCCAGUUAGGCCACAGCAGCUCCUUGUUGUGGCCCUCAGUAGCUGUACCACCCCUGUGGGCCUAAGCUGAACACGAGUCGUUCAGGAAUAGCCCAUGAGACCCAAUAGGAACUCCUCCCUAGUUUAGUGCCUGCAAGGAGGUGGCCUGGCACACCUGCGCCUCCUGAAUAAAGUUGGCCUUCACUGUAAACACAACACUGUAAACACACAACACUCAGUAGAACUGUUUGUGCUGAGGGAACAAAAGGCUUGUGGGGGGGGAGCAGUACUCUUGGGUGGGGGAGUGCUUAGUUUUAUCCUGCCCAAAGACCUCUCUUUGCUUAGUAUUGGGGGAAGGUGGAGAGAAAUGUGGCUUGAUGGAAUUGACACUGGUUAAGAGACCUUGGUUAUAGUUCCCCAUUCCACCUGUAGUUGUUGGGUGACUUUGAGCAAGUCACUUCAGCUCAUUGUGCCUCAGCUUCCCCAUCCAUGAAAUGGGGAUCUAUAAAAACCUGCCCUACCUACCUCACAGGGCUGUUGUGAGGUUCAAGGCUGUCAUCAUGUGAAAUAUGAAGACCUACUGAA